AUGUUUGUCCGCUCACCUCGCAGAUUUGCGAUUCUUUCCCUCGUAGCGUUUGUUUUUAUAUUAGCUGUUCUGCAGCAGAGCCCGUGGGCGAAGGAGAGGGUGUACGAGCAGGUAUCGCUGCUCAACGAGGCAUACGAAAACCACCAGGAGCCGAUACCGAACGACAGGCAGGAGCAGUCACAGGCGCAUCUUGAAGAUGCGUGGCAGCAUGCUGUACCGGCGGCGACGCCGAGUCCGAGCCCGAGCCCGAGCCCGACGGUGAAGAGCCCGUCGAGCGAGCCCGUGUCGAGUACGAAGCCGUACCCUCCGUGGGUGACUGCGCCGAGCAGGAUUGGCAACUUCAUCACCCCUUUUCUGAGGCCGACGGACAUGAAAGCCUACAUGAAGAAGAUGCUCCAAUGGGGGAGACCGACUUGGGGUGGUCACUGGCCGCCUUUCUCGGACUACGUCGGCAAGGAAUACGACCCGAACCGCUGGGAGCAAUUCGAUAUGGACUACAGCAUUUACAACGCUGGACACGACGAUCUAAAUAGCACUCUGGUCAAUAGCCCCAUCGUCUACAAGCCGUUUCCGCAAUACAACAACCCGGACUGGCGGGAGAAGUGGCACGGAGAGUACGUGCCUUGCAUUGGACCACGAGGCAUUGCGCUGAACGAGAGUGCCGACGAUGAGAUACAGGCUUACCGCGGUCUGCCACGUGGCUUCCCCAAGGCAUAUGCUGGUGGCUACGAUGUCAUCGGUCUCGAUGAGGAUGUCUGCUUCGACCGAUACUCGCGUUACGGACCGUAUGGAUAUGGCGAUGACCAGUUCCCGGAAGAAGUCAAGGACUGGAGAGCGCCCGCGACCGUUCCCGAGUGGGACCAAGUGAAGUGGGGCGAGCUGCAGGACCUCUGCCUCGAAGUCAACAAGAACCGCUUCCGACCAGAGGCGCGAUCGCCAAUCGUCAAGAUUCCGAGUACUACGUUGCCUGCUCCCGCGGUUGCAUCAUCCGCCUUUGCGAUCCCUACCGAUACAAGCCACAGUAACCUGGAGAAUCGCGGCAAGUUUGAGAAGAAGUAUCACCACCGCACAGCUAUCCUGAUCCGUGCCUGGACUGGGUAUACUUAUGAAGAUAACGAUAUCACUGCUAUUCGAGCCAUGGUCUCUGAGCUCUCGCUGCAGUCGGGAGGCGAAUACGCCGUCUUCCUGUACGUGCAUGUCAAGAACCGCGAUCUCAAGAUCUUCGAAGACCAGGAACUUUAUGAUAAAGUGCUCAGAGAAAAUGUACCUGUAGAGCUUCGCGAUAUCGCUGUUCUCUGGUCGGAAUCCAUCUUUCCCAACUGGUAUCCCAAGGUUAUGGAUUGGCAGGUAUACUGGCAGCAGUUUAUGUGCCUUCAGUGGUUCAGUCUUACACAUCCCGAGUUCGACUAUGUCUGGAACUGGGAAACAGACGCGCGUUACACAGGACACCAUUACCAUUUCUUCGAGAAGAUCAGCGAGUUCGCAGACAAGCAACCUAGGAAGCUCCUGUGGGAGCGCAACAAGCGCUAUUAUCUCCCCGACGUCCACGGUGACUACCAGUCUUUUGUCGAACAGACCCACAAAGACGUUCUCAAUGCCUCAGCCAACUCCCUCAUUCCGAGCCCGGUAUGGGGUCCCCGACCAUGGGCCCGCGCCGAUCCGCCCCAGAAGCCCCUCGGCCCAACACCACCCACAAGCUUCGAAGAUGACGAUUUCCAAUGGGGCGUAAACGAGCCCGCCGACUUCAUCACUCUGCUUCCCAUGUGGGAUCCCCGCAACACGACAUGGUCCUACAAAGACAAGAUCUGGAACUACCUGCCCAACAUCCGGCCCAUCUUCACCCCUCAAGACGGCCAGGCGGACUGGUUCACGCACCCGGACUUCGAGCAGCUCGACCGCCGCGUCUUCAUCAACACGGUCGUCCGCUUCUCGAAACGCAUGCUCCAGGCCAUGCACGAGGAAAAUCUCGUCGGGCGGAGCAUGCAGGCGGAAAUGUGGCCGAGUACUGUCGCGCUGCAGCACGGACUCAAAGCCGUCUACGCACCACACCCAAUCUUCAACGACCGCCACUGGCCUGCGGCGUACACAGAGGCCAUCUUCGACACGUCGUCCUCAGUCAACGAGCUCGGCGGGCCCGUCGAAUCGCGGCAGGGCGCGUGGUGCGAGGAAGCCGAUAGCCCCUACAACCACGACCGCGAGUUCAACUUCCAGGGCUGGAGCUGGUACUACGCCAGCCGCUUCCCGCGCAACCUGUACAGGCGCUGGCUCAACUGGCCGAUUCGCAAACAGCGCUGGGGCGAGGAGGAGCACACGGAUGGCGGGCCCGGCAGCGAUGGCGGGCUCGAGGAGAAGAGGAUGUGUUUGCCGGGCAUCCUGCUGCAUCCGGUCAAGAAGAUGAAGAGGGAUCUGGUCAAGCUCUGA